AUGGCCAGCCACGCCCCCUGGACAGAAUGUGGUAUGGACUGCGAAGUGCAGUCAAAGCACACUUUCAGAAAAACAGAUGUAUUAACAAUGUCCCCGUGGCUGGCCCCCAUCAUAUGGAAUGGAAGCUACGAUUCGGCAAUUCUGAAUGCACAAUUCAACCAGAGGGAUGUCCAUGUUGGUAUCACUAUAUUUGCUAUAAAAAAGUACACCUUCUUUGUAAAGAAUUUCAUAGAAACUGCAGAAAAUGUUUUCAUGAUUGGGCACAAGGUCACUUAUUAUGUGUUUACUGAUCGUGCGAGUGACAUUCCAGUCAUGAACCUAAAUGAGGGUAGAAGUAUGAGCAUUCUCGAAGUCCCCAGCUACCCUAGAUGGCAGGAUGUGUCCAUGAGGCGGAUGGAGAUGAUUCGGGAUUUUUCACAUGAGAGAUUCUUUCGUGAAGUUGACUUUUUGGUGUGUGUAGAUGUGGAUAUGAGGUUCAACGAUGAAGUCGGAGUGGAAAUCUUAAGUAAUCUGUUUGGCACACUACAUCCGGGAAUGUUCGGGGUGCAACGCGAAGGUUAUACAUAUGAACGAAAUCCCGAGUCUGAAGCCUACAUCCCUGCAAAUGAAGGAGACUUUUAUUAUGCUGGGGGAUUCUUUGGGGGCUCAAUAGAGGAAGUCUACAACUUAACAAACUUCUGCCACAAUGCCAUGAUGAAAGACAAGGCCAAAAACAUUGAAGCUCUUUGGCAUGAUGAGAGUUACCUAAAUAAAUAUUUACUUCUUCAUAAACCAACUAAAAUUCUCUCACCUGAGUACUUAUGGGAUGACGAUUUUGGCAUUCCAGACUUUCUGAAGAGAAGACGCUUCCUUGCUGUUCGUAAAAACCACAAUGAGAUGCGGAACAGACGGUGA